GUGAACUAGACGCUAGCACUACGCCAGCUGCUGGGCACGCGCACGUGUAUUGGACGUAAAUACGUCAGUGGAGCGUGCUUACGUUCUUUCUUUUCUCUCGUCCUGAAGAUGGCGGCAGGGACCCUGUACACAUACCCAGAGAACUGGAGGGCCUUCAAGGCUCAGAUCGCAGCCCAGUACAGUGGUGCUUCACUCAAGAUUGCCAGCAACCCCCCUGCCUUCACCUUUGGGCAGACGAACCGUACACCUGCCUUUCUAAAUAACUUUCCCCUUGGCAAGGUACCUGCUUACCAGGGAGAUGACGGCUUCUGUCUGUUCGAGAGUAAUGCCAUUGCUCAUUACUUGAGCAAUGAUGCCCUGCGUGGUGCCACUCCUCAGGCAGCAUCCCAGGUGCUGCAGUGGGUGAGCUUUGCUGACUCUGAGAUCAUUCCUCCAGCCAGUGCAUGGGUUUUCCCCACUCUAGGAAUCAUGCAAUUCAACAAACAGGCCACAGAGCAGGCAAAAGAGGAUGUGAAGAGGGUCCUAACAGUCCUGAACCAGCACCUGAACACUCGUACUUUUUUGGUGGGAGAGCGGAUUAGCCUGGCUGACAUCACUGUUGCCUGCUCCAUGCUUUGGCUUUACAAACAGGUCCUUGAGCCUUCAUUCCGCCAACCUUAUGUCAAUGUUAACCGCUGGUUUGUCACCUGCAUUAACCAGCCACAAUUCAAAGCGGUUCUCGGAGAGGUGAAACUGUGUGACAAGAUGGCCCAAUUUGAUGCUAAGAAGUUUGCAGAGAUGCAGCCAAAGAAGGAAACUCCUGCUAAAAAAGAAAAAGCCGGUAAAGACGCAACAAAGCCCCAGGAAAAGAAGGAGAAAAAGGAGAAGAAAGAAGAGAAGAAGCCUGCCCCAGAGGAAGAUGACAUGGAUGCGUCGGAUGCAGCAUUGGCCAGCGAGCCAAAAUCAAAGGACCCCUUUGCUGAGCUACCUAAAAGCACAUUUAUUUUGGAUGAAUUCAAGAGGAAGUACUCAAAUGAGAACAUUGAGAAAGUGGCUAUUCCUUACUUCUGGGAACACUUUGAUCGCGAAGGCUAUUCCAUCUGGUAUUGCGAGUACAAAUUCCCCCAGGACCUAACUUUAACCUUCAUGAGCUGCAACCUUAUUGGAGGUAUGCUUCAGCGCCUGGAUAAACUGAGAAAGAAUGCUUUUGCAAGUGUUCUCCUGUUUGGCACUGCUAAUAACCAUGCCAUCUCUGGACUUUGGAUUUUGAGAGGCCAAGAGUUGGCUUUCACAUUGUGUGCCGACUGGGGAAUCGACUAUGAAUCAUACAGUUGGCGCAAAUUGGAUCCCAACAGUGAUGAAUGCAAGCUGAUGGUUAAGGAGUACUUUCUCUGGGAGGGAGACUUCAAGCAUAUGGGGAAGCCCUUCUGUGAUGGCAAGAUCUUCAAGUGAGCACCCAGGGACACUGCGCCAAUGCUCUUGACACUUACAAACUCUCUGCCGCUAUGUGCUUAACCACAAGAUGACUUGGAUUGACAAAGUUUGAAGAUUUUUGUCUCAAGUGGCCCAAUCCUUUGGUUUUGAUGUGAAAAUAAAGCAUUUUCCACAAUGCCACUUAUGGGGGAUUCUUUUAUUUAACAUCUUUACUUUCCCACUUUGGAUAAAUAAACAAUUGAAAUGUUUGCGUAA